AUGUCGUUGAAACUCAAUACUCCUUUCCCAAUUUUCGCGCCAUCUCUAUUCCCAAACCCAAGAGGACCCAGCGAGAUCCGAUUCUCUAGAUGGGGAAACGCAAAUGCCGAGAAAUUCGAGCAGCGUCGCCGGAGCCAAGAAGAGCUCGAGGCUGAGAUCCGUCGCGACCGUCGUUUCGACGCCGUCACACAAAUCAUCCAUACGCAAGAUUCAACCGCCGCAGCUUCCGAGCCUAAAACGUCUCCGUUUAGAUCAAAAGGCACUCCUUCACUACCAUCAGCUCGAUCGAUCCCGGGUCGUAGAUCCAAAUACUCCAAACCCGAUUCAGGACCCAAUAAGCCGAAGAACAAACCGAAAGUACCCGAUUCGCCUCCGCAAUUAGACUCCAAGGCUGAGGUUAAGCUAAGCGACGACGGAUUAACUUACGUCAUCGACGGAGCUCCGUUUGAAUUCAAGUAUAGUUACACGGAGACACCUAAGGUUAAGCCAUUGAAGCUUCGUGAGCCUGCUUACGCGCCUUUUGGACCGACGACGAUGGGAAGGCCAUGGACUGGUCGAGCUCCGCUUCCUCAGUCGCAGAAGACGCCGAGGGAAUUCGAUUCUUUCCGGUUGCCUCCGCCGGAUAAGAAAGGAGUGAAACCGGUUCAGAAACCGGGUCCUUUUCGACCCGGGGUUGGUCCUAGGUAUGUUUACACUAAGGAGGAGAUUUUGGGAGAGCCAUUGACAAAAGAAGAGAUUAGAGAGCUUGUUACUUCUUGCUUGAAGACAACAAGGCAAUUGAAUAUGGGGAGAGAUGGUUUGACGCAUAACAUGUUGAACAACAUACAUGAUUUAUGGAAGCGGCGAAGGGUUUGUAAGAUUAAAUGCAAGGGAGUUUGUACAGUCGACAUGGAUAAUGUUUGCGAGCAAUUAGAGGAGAAAAUUGGUGGGAAGGUGAUAUACAGAAGAGGAGGUGUGCUUUUUCUGUUCCGUGGCAGAAACUAUAAUCACAGGGCAAGACCGCGUUUCCCUCUUAUGUUGUGGAAGCCUGUUGCACCUGUUUACCCGAGGCUGAUUCAACAAGUUCCUGAGGGUUUAACUCAUCAGGAAGCUAUUGAGAUGCGGAGGAAAGGACGAGAGCUUAUGCCCAUAUGCAGGCUAGGGAAGAAUGGUGUGUACUGUGACCUUGUGAAAAAUGUGAAAGAAGCAUUUGAAGUUUGUGAAUUGGUUCGGAUCGAUUGUCAAGGUCUGAGAGGCAGUGAUUUUAGGAAAAUCGGUGCUAAACUCAAGGAUCUUGUUCCAUGCGUGCUCAUAUCUUUUGAAAACGAGCAGAUUCUUAUGUGGAGAGGACGAGAAUGGAAAUCGUCUCUCACAAUUCCAGAUAAAAAGGAUGAUAUCCUCGGAGAUAUCGAAGUUGAUACUGCCUUGCCAGAAGAUGAUGAAGAAUCGGUGUCACCAAAUCAGACUCAAAUUGUGACCCAGAACUCUCCUUGGGGUUCUACGGAACUGCAUAGUGAUCCAGAUGGUGAUGAUCUGAGCCGCCCAUCAACUAUAGAUUUUUCAGCAAUUGAGGGCACAGACAGUUCUCUACCGAGCUCGUCUACAGAAGAUGCAACUGAGCUAACUACAGAUAGCUCUCUAGGAGACCAUCACGAAACUGAACACGAGUCUGAAACAUCGGAAGAGAUCAACAAACAAAGCAUAGAGAGAGUUCUAAAUCUGAUGAAACAAGCUGUAGAGAGCGGUGCUGCACUUGUGUUAGAUGAUACUGAUCUAGAUGCAGACACAGUCUUUGCAAAAGCUGUCGCCUUUUCGGCAGUAGCUCCACCCGGACCAGUUUUCCAGCAUGGCUUGAGGAAACAACCAACGGUUAAGAAGCAGGAAACCCGAGAAUUCGGAUACCAAAACUUGGAGGCGAAGACGAGUAGUGUGGUGGUUUCGGGGAAAAAAGAAGUUGCAGUGAGAGUAGUAGAAAGAGAUGAGAAGAAGGAGAAAGAAGGAUUGACGAAGACAGUGAAUCAGUUUGAUGAAGAUUACAGAGAAGUGAUACCUCUUGGAACACUCAAGGUAGAUGAACUAGCUAAACUACUCUCAUAA